AUGGCGGUAGCGCGGUUAACAGCCGAGUUGUCCGGAGCCGUUAGCAAAGUCGCCGAACUGAAAAGUCAGAUGGACAUCCAACUUCGAAAAUUGGGCCGGGUCGACGAACUGAAAAGUCGGGUGGAAGCGGACCAACAGAAAAACGAAGAACUUGCGAAGCAGAUAGCAUCCAUCAAGCUGACGCAUAAAUCGAAAGACGAUCGUCUCGGUAAAUUGAAGAAACUACUGGCGGGGCAGGCGGACAAUAUUGAAACUUUGGAAAAUACGGCGAAGAAAGACAGAAAAGCGAACGAAAACAUCCGACGGACGGUCGAUUCGUUGCACGGAUCGACGACAGCGUUGAUAAAGAAGGUGGAAGAAAUGGGAGCCAUCGGUGGAACCGGGGGAAGAAGAGGAGGAAUACUCCGCGGACCCGCACAACAACAGAUUUCCAACAUGCAGAAGGAAAUGGACAUCCAAUCCGCACAGCUGUCGGAACAGAAUUUGCGUUUUCAGAUUCUGGAAACAGCCAGCUACGACGGCGUGCUGAUGUGGAAGAUAAAUUCCGUGCGUAUGAAGAAGCAGGAAGCGGACAGCGGCAAAAUCGUGUCCCUUUACAGCCAACCCUUCUACGCCGGUCGGUUCGGAUACCAGAUGUGCGCCUGA